AUGAUUCGGGCCGUGUUGAUUUUUAACAAUAAUGGCAAGCCUCGUUUAAUGAAAUUCUAUGAUAAUAUGUCAGAAGAACUGCAGCAAAAACUUCUCAAUGAAACUUUCCUCCUUGUAUCGAAGCGUGAUGACAAUGUGUGCAAUUUUCUUGAAGGUGGAAACAAUUUAUUUUCUGGACACGAUUGUCGUAUUAUUUAUCGGCACUAUGCAACGCUCUACUUCGUGUUUUGUGUCGAUGCAACGGAAAGUGAAUUGGGCAUUCUUGAUCUCAUCCAGGUAUUUGUUGAAGCACUGGACAAGUCCUUCGAAAGUGUUUGCGAACUAGACUUGAUAUUUCACUCUGAUAAAGUUCAUUUCCUCCUCAACGAGCUAAUCAUUGGCGGUAUGGUCUUAGAAACGCAUAUUAGUGAAAUUGUUUAUCAUAGUGAGGAGCAAAAUAAACUGGAAAAACAAGAGCAACCCACUCUCCCAAUCGCCCCUUCUCGUGCUGUGUCUGCUGUGAAGGAUUUGAAGAUAGCACAGAAAUUGAAGGAUAUCAAACUUCCAGAAAUUCCUUACUUGAAUUCACGCCUCCAUCUUACCUGA